AUGUCAAAUCGCAAUGCCAGCAGUGACGAGUCAGUUCCCAACCUUGGGAGUAUAGAGGGUCAGAAUAUCCAGGCCACAGCAGGAGGCGGAAAUAAUAACCGUAACAACCGCCACCGACGCCGCCGCAACAACUCCAGUUAUAGCCGCACUAGUGACCAUACUCCUGCUGGUAUUGAGCAAGUUGAGAUCGAUGCUGAACCAGGAGGAGAAAAUGAUAGCCGUAACAACGCCAAUAACCGCCGCCACAACAACUCCAAUAACUUCCACACCAGCGACGAUACCCCUCCUGGUAUUGAGCGUGUUGAGAGCGAUGCGGAAGGGGAAGGCGAAAAUAUCCCAGUUUAUGAAGGGGAUUUCUCCAAUGAGGAUGACGAGGCGGAAUUAUUCCUUCAACCAAUGUGGUCAACACCGGAGCUGCUUGAUCAUACCGCCGAAACAUCUGGCUUACCGAUGGAAGGAAGUGUCCUUGCUUGGCGCGGAAAUGGCACCGGGAAAUCAGUGAUAGUCGGAUAUGCGUGUGGCAGGUUCGCAACUGCUCGAUUAAUCCCAGCCGCCCGGCGUCCCAUUCCCUCUCGAGCACCGAAUAUUUCAGAAAAAAGUCUUGCUCGACGAAAGGACUAUAUACGGACUGAACGAGAUAUUAGAGGUUGGGGAAUCGUCGCAUGGCGAGUGGAUAAGAAGUCAGUCGACCAGGACCCAAUAUCCUUAUUAAAACCGAUGAGCAGAGCCUGGUAUCCAGAGACAUAUGUCUAUAUUCAUUGGUUGGGUGGAGACGCGAGCUGGGAAUCGCGACACGAUCUUCGAUUCGUUUGUGCUGGCAAUGAACUGAAGACAGACAUGUUAAUCUAUAAUGUGGCAAAGGAGCAAGAGGCCAAUUACCGCGAGGCGCUUACAGGAGUGAGGCCACACUACCCUCCGGCGAAUACCCAUAUGACAAACGACCACUGGAGAAAUGUGAAUUCAUACCGAGGUGCACACUGGUUUCAGCCACGUGCUGAGGAAAAUAAGCGCAUAACGAGAAUCGAAUAUGAACCAGUUAUCCCAAGAGGGGAUAACUAUCAAGAAUUCGAUAACGGUAUAGGUAUGAGCGAUAGCGGUACCUUUCAAGAAGUCAGUGAAGAAUAUCAAGAAGGAUAUUAUGAGGGCUUGAACGAGGGCUCUAAUGAGGGGGAGGAGAUAGACAACGUUGAGGGAGGAGAGGAAGUUCAGGACGAUAGAGAGCAACAAUAUGGGGAUAUGCAGCAGCGUGAGCGUGAUUUAAGCCCUAUUGAUGAGGAAGUUAGUGUUUCUGAGGGCGGGUCCUUCUUUACCCCUAACGGCAGCCCUAGCCGAGUUCGAUGGCAUAGUGGAACACAGCAGAGAUAUGGUAUAUUUACUCCAAGAGCAACCAGGUCGCCUAGCUCUGGUAUACCCCAGGGAAAUAGAGACCAGGCCCGGCGAAUGCCGGAAACGCCAAACAACCGGCGUAUACCGCACCUCAACCGGGGCAAUCAACAACGGACACCACAGUCCCGCCAGGGUAGUCAGCAGCGGCAGACACCGCAGUCCAACCGCUCCAACCGCUCUCACCAGGGUAACCAACCCAACCAGGGCGGCCAGCAACAACAGACACCACAGUCCAACCAACCCGACCGCCAGGGUAGUCAGCAGCGGCAGACACCGCAGUCCAACCGCUCCAACCGCUCUCACCAGGGUAACCAACCCAACCAGGGCGGCCAGCAACAACAGACACCACAGUCCAACCAACCCGACCGCCAGGGUAGUCAGCAGCGGCAGACACCGCAGUCCAGUCGCUCCAACCGCUCUCACCAGGGCGGCCAGCAACAACAGACACCACAGUCCAACCAACUAGAUCAGGGUAGUCAACAGCGGCAGACACCGCAAUCCAGUCGCUCCAACCGCUCUCACCAGGGCGGCCAGCAACAACAGACACCACAGUCCAACCAACUAGAUCAGGGUAGUCAACAGCGGCAGACACCGCAGUCCAGUCGCUCCAACCGCUCUCACCAGGGCGGCCAGCAACAACAGACACCACAGUCCAACCAACUAGAUCAGGGUAGUCAACAGCGGCAGACACCGCAAUCCAGUCGCUCCAACCGCUCUCACCAGGGCGGCCAGCAACAACAGACACCACAGUCCAACCAACUAGAUCAGGGUAGUCAACAGCGGCAGACACCGCAAUCCAGUCGCUCCAACCGCUCUCACCAGGGCGGCCAGCAACAACAGACACCACAGUCCAACCAACCCGACCGCCAGGGUAGUCAACAGCGGCAGACACCGCAAUCCAGUCGCUCCAACCGCUCUCACCAGGGCGGCCAGCAACAACAGACACCACAGUCCAACCAACUAGAUCAGGGUAGUCAACAGCGGCAGACACCGCAAUCCAGUCGCUCCAACCGCUCUCACCAGGGCGGCCAGCAACAACAGACACCACAGUCCAACCAACCCGACCGCCAGGGUAGUCAGCAGCGGCGGACACCGCAAUCCAGUCGCUCUAACCGCCCCAACCAACCAAAUCAUGACAAUCAGCGGCAACGGACACCGCAAUCAAGCCAGGGGAUCCGCCCAAACCAACGGAACCAAAUCGACCAUCGCAGUACGGAUUCAAACAUAGCCAUACCUGAGGGCAACCAUAGUCCGACCCAAGUGCGACGCGGUCGAGGUCGGCCCCGCCGCGGAGACCGCACCAAUAUACCAAGCACUAUACCGAUACGACGUAGCACUCGACUUACUAGUAUCCAAGCACCGCCUUAA